AUGGGUAAAUCACCUCACGUUGCAUUUCUCAUUUCCGCCGAACCGUUUUACAACACUAAAUUGGGCUCCUUGCAACGGAUAUCCUCAGACGAACUGCCAAUUCUCAAGAACCUCUCUAUAAAACGUCUCAUUCUGGAACCCGGAUCGAUUCGUGAGCCUCAUUGGCAUGCUAACUGCAAUGAGCUCACCUACUGUCUCAGCGGUAAAGUUCUGGUUACUCAAUUGGACGUUGGAAAUGAGUUUAUGAACUUUACGAUUACUGCUGGUCAGAUGUUUUUUGUUAAGACUGGAGCGCUGCAUCAUAUUGAGAAUAUUGGGGAGGAGACUGCGGAGCUUAUUGUCGCGUUUAGACAUGAGGCGCCGAAGGACUUCUCUCUCUCGGCGAGUUUUGGCGCUAUGAGUGAUGCUGUCCUUGGGAACACAUACGAUGCACCUAGCUCCGCCUUCAGAGGGAUAACCCGGAACACUUCACCAAAAUACAUAGUACAACGCAAAGGUAACCCUACUGUGCCUGAUACCGCUGAACUCCCCAAUCCCCACAAAUUCGAUGUUGAAAAUGCUCCUAAUGGUCCACAAGUUGAAAUCGGCUCAGCGAACAUGGCCCGAAAAGACUUCUGGCCAAUUCUGGAUAACAUGUCAAUGUAUUCCCUACGCAUCGAAGAAGACGGAAUGCGAGAACCUCACUGGCACCCCUUUACAGCAGAGAUGGGCUAUGUCCACAAAGGGAACGCCAGGAUGUCCGUCAUGGAUCCCGAUGGAUCCGUAGACACAUAUACUUUGAAGCCUGGAGAUGUCUACUUUAUUCCUCAUGCUUAUCCGCAUCAGAUCGAGGUCAUUGGGGAUGAAGAGAUUCACUUUUUGAUCUUUUUUGAUGCACCUAUUCCGGGAGAUGUUGGAUAUAGAACUUCGGCAACGGCGCUUUCGAGAGAGGUUUUGGCGGCUACUUUUGGGGUUGAUGAGGAUCAGUUACCGGAGUUUCCGUUUACUGUUAAGGAUCCUUUGCUGGUAGGGAGGAAGAAUCCGGUUGAUCCUGUUAAAUCCAAGAUUUAG